ACAGCCGAUGACUCCUGGAUGAAGGGGCUUUCCUCGUGCUCCGUCCACUGUCCAGCUGUAUACCUCACCUUGAAUUAUGCACCGCCGGCCACUACUUGUGUACAUUUGCGAAACGCCAUACCAGCCAUGAAAGCCAGCAAUGCCUAGGACGCGUAUCCAAAUCAUCGCACCAGUCCUGAGGACCUCUGGCUUUAGGCAUCAAAUUAAUGAAACACCAAGUACCUGCUCUGAGCAAUGAGUGUCAUUUCCGCGUCGUUCACCGCACGGUCGUCGGUCACAGUUCCUCUUAUAAACACCUUCCUUACUGGAGGGUGUCGUCUACACUCAAACCUCACGCGAAAAGGACGCGUCGCUGGGAUCUGUUUCAAUUCCGUUCCCAUUUGGAACCGUCUCAGGCUUUCUCUUCCGUGUUUCGGGAACACAUAUCUUCAGCUCUAUCCAGGAACCACUUCACGGUUUCCCCCGCCUGCAAGGUCGACUGCAUCUCAAUUACAUACUUAUUCCAAAAGGUGAACACCUCGGCUUCAAAGCGGAGACAACUUGCUCCGAGACUUCGCGGAUUCGUUUGUCACAACUUGAUGUCUUUCCUUCUUCCCGUGAACAUCGAUUCCCAUCUCUAUACCGCUGACGGUAUCAGCAAAUCAACGAUGGAUUGAACAGCAUCUGUGGACGGCGACCGACACAAUCGCAUAUGUAGCGCAUGCUGCAUGGGUACUUUUAUCUUGACACUCGCCAAUAGGAAGGAACAUGUCACGAAGCAGCACCCUGGAACGAAGCCCAGACCUCAUUGGAGUAGCCACCAUUCAACUUCACAGUCGCGCAGCUGCAAUGUGC